UCGAAAACUGUUGUUUUUUGUAACAAAAGUGCAUCAUCAAUUUGAAAACAUAAAAACAAUGAUUUAAAAGAACAAAAAUGGAUGACACUAACAAUGAAACACUUGAUUUAUCGAGGCGUGGGCUGAAGAAAAUAGAGAAAGCGCCUCCAGACGAAUCUCAAACAAUUAUUAAUCUAAUACUUGAUCAAAAUGAAUUACAACGACUAGAUAACAUCGAUACGUACAGUCGAGUUGAAAAUCUCUCAAUUUGUAACAAUUUUCUUCUUCGUAUGCAUGGAGUAUCUCGUUUGACCAACAUAAGAGUUCUAGCUUUGAACAAUAAUGGCAUUCUACAAAUUGAAGGUCUGAAAGAAAUGACAUAUUUGAAAGUUUUAAAAUUAGCUGGUAAUAAUAUUAAAUCUAUUGAGCAUUUAAACCAUAACAUACACUUGGAACAUCUGGAUCUAUCUACCAACCAGAUAUCCUUCAUAGCCGAUAUUUCUUAUAUGAAAAAUCUGAAGCAUUUAAAUUUAGAACGCAAUAGGAUAACUGACCUUGGACAGUGUGACCGAUAUUUGCCAUCCAAUUUAACACAUCUUGGUCUAGCUCAUAACAAAAUAGAGGAUUUGAAUGAAGUAUGCCAUUUGGUUCAUCUUGGAGAUUUGGAGGCGAUCACCAUUCAGGGCAAUCCAUGUGUGGCUCUGGCUGGGAAAGACAAACUUGGAUUUGACUAUCGUCCAUUUGUUCUCAACUGGAUAAUGAGUGUGAAAUACAUAGAUGGCUUCGUUGUUAGUGCUAUAGAGAGCCUGAAAGCGGAAUGGUUGUACAGUCAAGGAAAAGGGCGUCACUUUCAUCCUGGCCAGCAUGAGGAGCUGUGCAAGUACUUGGCCUCUUCCUGUCCUCUCACUGCUGAUGCAUUAGAAACUGAGGAUCAAAGGAAACUGAGGCUUAUACUUAGCAAAGCGCAGCAUCAUCAGCAACAAUUGAAGGACCAAAAUCACAGCCCCAUUAAAUCAAAGAUACAAUCACCCAGAAUGCAAGCUCGUAUCGGCCAGCGUCACGUGGGUCGUUCGCCGGACCGGCUGAGCUCGAGCUUCCACGCCGGCGUCGCGCGCUGCAGCUCGCCCGCCGCCGCCAUGUCGCUGUCCUGCUCUGGCGAGCUGCCAACUGCUGACCGCAGGGAUAAGAAUGAGCAAACUCCACCUAAAGUCGUCAACCAAUCGUUAGAGGCGGCAUCGAAAAUGGUCCCCGUACCGGAAUCCCUCAUGAGUCCCGACUAUCAAGACCCGAUUUAUGAUAUACAAAGAUCCAUACCAAAACCGAACCAACCCAAUUCCAAUGCGUCUCCACAGUCCAGUAAUAACAGCGUGAGCGACGAAAAACCAAAGUCCCAGAUUGCCAAAAGUAUUAAAGGAUCGCCCAAACUGCCGAAAAGUGCAACAUCUUCCCCAAAGUUGCGGUCGAAAAUGGAACGUAAAGGAAGUCUAAGCAAAUUGGAAAGCGAAAAAGUAAAUGGAAUAAAUAAACCUGACAAAAUUGAUCUAGACAAGUUGGAAAAUAUAAAGGUGGCAUCAAAUCAGAGGCGGCAAAAGAAGAUGAGCGUGGAAACAAUGGCCGCGGUCACCAUACAGCGAAUGUGGAGGGGCUAUCGCAGCAGAAACCUAAACAAGGACACACUGAGAAUCUUACACGCAAUACAGGCGGCAAGAGCGAGACAGCACAUACAGCGGCUUACCUGUGAUAUGGAAGCAACGAAGGCAGCUUUAGAAAGCGAGAGGAGAAUACAACAGCUUCAGAUGCAAGCUAUAAAUGCUCUGUGGAAGAGAGUAUCUACACUUCAAAACACAGAUUCUAAGCACAAGGUUGCAGAUAUGGACGAUAAUUCGGAGGCACUCAAACAGCUUAUGGAGACUUGCAUGUCAUUGCAAACCCAGGUGGUGGAGUUGCAAGGCUGCAUGCAGCAGGUGCUGCGCGCGGUGACCGCGUCGCGUCGGGUCGCCGCCACGCAGACUGACAUCAGCGCGCUACUCACGCCGCAGGAGGAGCGUUGGCUGCGUCGGCCGCAGUCGUUGCCGCUAGGUGCGGCCGCCGCGCCCGCAGCUAGCACCGAACCAACUAAUGACGUUGAAGCUCUAGACAUAGAGCGGACAGAAUCCGUCAUCGAAGAACAAGUGAGCGAAAAUACGAGCGAACGAGAAGUCAUCGUCGACUGAUGAUAGGAAAAUGUGCUUUGUUUCGUUAGUCAUAAGGGUGACUGAGGUACGCAGCUUCGCAUUUCUACUGCACUUCGCUUGAAAGUCAUUCUCAACUGUCAUUUGAACUCUCUUCUGUGUCUGACUAUCAAGGACAGCUACUUGAAUAGUUUUGAGUACAAAUUUGUAACUAUAGCUCUCUCUUACAUCCUGUGACACUUCACACAAAGAUACCAAAUUAUUUCUAUCUGUGAUCUAUAAAAACAUUUAAUAUUUUGCUACCAAAAAUUCAUGUUAUUUUGAAAGCAAUUAAAGGGAUAAAUGCUGACAAUUCUAAAAUUCAAAAUACUACUAUAUGUCGGUCGCCUAAAUAUAGAGAGAAAGUUGGCCGUUUACUUGUAGCUGAUGGUUGUCUCUUUCAUAUUUAAUAGAAAAAAUAUUAAUAUAUUUUGGCUCACAGUACGUGUACGAGAAAUCCAUAUUUUCGUAUGUGAGUGUGACCAGUCUUUACCCACACAGUGUCAGUUUAAGCCACAAAUUUAAAAUACAAUAUAAGUAGUAAGUACUGUUAUUUUUGUAUGUACAA